AUGGAGUUUCUGAGCGAGAAGUUUGCCCUCAAGAGCCCACCGAGUAAAAACAGUAACUUUUACAUGGGCGCAGGAGGCGCGUUGGAGCACGUUAUGGAGACGCUGGACAAUGAGUCCUUUUACAGCAAAGCGUCGGCGGGCAAAUGCGUGCAGGCCUUCGGGCCCCUGCCCCGCGCCGAGCAUCACGUGCGCCUGGAGAGGACCUCGCCCUGUCAGGACGGCAGCGUGAACUAUGGGAUCACUAAAGUAGAAGGACAGCCUCUUCACACCGAACUAAAUAGAGCUAUGGACAACUGUAACAGUCUCCGGAUGUCUCCCGUGAAAGGGAUGCCAGAGAAGGGAGAACUGGAUGAACUUGGGGAUAAAUGUGACAGCAACGUAUCCAGCAGUAAGAAACGGAGACACCGAACCACCUUUACCAGCUUGCAGCUGGAGGAGCUGGAAAAGGUCUUUCAGAAAACCCAUUACCCGGAUGUAUACGUCAGAGAACAGCUUGCUCUGAGGACUGAGCUGACUGAGGCCAGGGUCCAGGUUUGGUUUCAAAAUCGAAGGGCCAAGUGGAGAAAAAGAGAACGUUAUGGCCAAAUCCAGCAAGCUAAAAGCCAUUUUGCUGCCACCUAUGACAUAUCAGUUUUGCCAAGGACUGACAGCUAUCCACAGAUUCAGAACAAUUUGUGGGCAGGAAAUGCGAGUGGUGGUUCUGUGGUCACUUCAUGCAUGUUACCACGUGACACUUCCUCCUGUAUGACACCUUACUCUCACUCGCCUCGGACAGAUUCCAGUUACACAGGGUUUUCAAACCACCAGAACCAGUUCAGCCACGUGCCCCUCAACAAUUUUUUCACUGACUCUCUUCUUACCGGGGCUACCAAUGGACAUGCAUUUGAAACAAAGCCAGAGUUUGAAAGGAGGUCCUCCAGUAUCGCAGUUCUUCGAAUGAAAGCCAAGGAGCACACUGCCAAUAUUUCAUGGGCCAUGUAA